GCACGAUAAGUUAAGCGAUAUUUUGGGUAGGCGGUCAAAUAUUUUCGCCACGAAAUUUCAAAAUUUCAAAAUCCCCAAAAUUGCAUUAUUUUUAUACGAUUUUUGGCCUCUCCCAGCGCACAAGUGAAACGAGGCAAGUCUUUGUAGUAAAAAUUCUCUCUAUUCCCUUUUUCUCUUUACUUAUUGCUUCGCCCCCCUUUUUCUUAGAAAAUUUGUGCGAUUCUGGUGUAAUUUGGAUUAUGAGCGAGAUCCAAGGAGAUUUCCGUAAAACUUCCGUCGGCUGAGCUUGGAGUUGGGGAUUUUCGAGCUUGAGCGGAGUUAGGGUUUGGAAAAUUGGGGAAUUAGGGUUUUAGGGUUUUGAUUUGGGAAGGAUGUUCUAUUCGCAGUUUAUAUUAGCAAAGAAGGGGACUUUAGGGACGAUAUGGAUAGCUGCGCAUCUGGAGAGGAAAUUGAAGAAGAAUCAGGUCGCUGAUACUGAUAUUGGAGACUCUGUAGAUUCCAUUCUUUUUCCUGAUGUGCCAAUCGCUCUUCGAUUGUCAAGCCAUCUUUUGCUUGGUGUGGUCAGGAUAUAUUCCAAGAAGGUGAAUUAUCUCUUCCAUGAUUGCAGUGAGGCACUGCUCAACGUAAAGCAAGCUUUUCGGUCAACUGCAGUCGACCUUCCUCCAGAAGAAUCAACUGCACCAUAUCAUUCAAUUACACUGCCAGAAACUUUUGAUCUUGAUGAUUUUGAGCUACCUGACAGUGCUUUACUCAAUGGUAACUUUGAUGACCGCCAUGUCAGUACAAGAGAGCAGAUUACACUUCAGGAUACUGUGGAUGGCACUGGAUACUCCACAUCACAAUUUGGAUUAGAUGAUAGAUUUGGUGAUGGAGAUGCUUCUCAGAUUGGUCUGGAGCUUGACGAGGAAUUAUUAUUGGAGAAUAAUCUCACACUUCAAGAUGCUCAAGUUUUGGACAGUGAUGUGCAUCAGGGAGAUGGUACAACUGAUCUUACUAAAAUGGACACUGAGGAAUGCCAACAUGGCCAUGAUGAGUAUAGGAAUGAUGGAGCUUCAAUGGAAUUAUCUGAGCUUCUAUGCAAUAAGCGGGGAAAGCAUGUGUUGUUUUCCCAUGCUGAAAAUGUAAAUGGGCAUGAUGAUUCUUCUCAUAGAUUAAUAUUCAACAUUCAAACACCUGACCUUAAUGAGGUAUUUUUAUCUGAUGAUCAUAUUGGAGGUCCAUCUGCAGCGCAUGAUACUGAUAUGGAGUAUGCUGGUGAUGAUCCUCCAUCUCCGGAGUUCAAUGAAUCUGCUAAUUUUCCUUUCAAACCUGGUUCUGUUCUAGCAAUAAAUGAUGCUUGUCACAAGCAUGAUGCUAACAAUGUACUAGGGGUGUCUUCCACUACCUCAGUUUUGACUGAAUUACACCCACUAGCAUCACAAACUUUAGGCGUGAUUUUGCCUGGAUCUGAUGCAGCAGGAAGUAAUAUCAUAGCUUCUGAGACAAGUGAUCCCAAGAUGGCAUGCAUUUCUCAGGUGUUGCCUUGCUCCAACUUAGUAUCUGAUUCUCUCAUACCUCAACGUUCUGGUGAGACUAUAGCUGCUCCUGCUGCGGGUUUAGGAUGGACUUCGAAGACAGCUGAUACUUUAAAUGAUGGAAUUACUUGCAGUGAAGAAAAUGCUCGACUAAUUUCUGUGGGGAACAAAAUGAUGUCAGGAGUGAACUUGGAUAUGGACAGAAUUGCAGUUCAGGAUAUCACCAGGUUAUCAAAUCUCGAUCAAGGCCGCAUAGAAGAUGCACACUCUUGUCAGACAAGCAAUUUCUCUGCUUUGAGCUCUGAUUUUCAUUUGAGAUCUUGUACUUCAGAGUCCAAUCAAACAAAUUUAAUAUCUCCAGAGGUUAUAGUCCAGAAAGGGGACCAAGGGAUGUCUUUCAGAGAACAACCUUCCAUUUUGGAAACCGCAGUGGAGGAUCAGGAAAUGCAUUUUAGCAGAUCUUCAAUGACUAUGCAAGCUUUUGGCUCAGCUAUUGCAGUUGAUACUAACUUAGGAGUUCAUCAAAAGUCCAAUGAUAUGUUGUUGGGGAUGACUUCAGUUAAUAAUCCAAUGGAUCUGUCAAGUAGUAGUAUUUCUAAAGAUGUGCAGUCUGGUCAUGGGAACUGCUUUUCAACUUCUGAGUUUUCAGAACCUGAAAGAAUGCGCUUUGCUCUAUCCGGAAAUGUUGGUCUUCUAAAUGAUGUAGGGCAGCAAACUACGGAGAAAGAAGUCACUGAGUCUGAUGGAAGCGUAGACAGGAUCAGCAAUGUUUCUGGACAGAAGCAUUAUCUAAUGGAUAUCACGCCUGAUCUGCAGAAUGGCAUAUCACCCAAAAUUUCUGGAAUUCCACAAAAGAAACGAAAAAAUGAUUAUAUUCCCAAUGAUGAUGAUUUAUUGGCAUCAAUUUUAGUCGGAAGGACACCGGCCUUCAUAAUAGGGCCAACUCCACCUCUUCCAAAACCACCACCUUCAAAGCGUCCUCGCUUGACAACCAAGGUUGGCUUUCCCAAGAGGAGGAAGGUGCUCCUAGAUGAUACUGUUGUGUUACAUGCUGAUACAAUACGGCAACAAUUGAUUAAUACUGAAGACAUACGCCGGAUGCGCAAGAAGGUUCCUUGCACACGUCCUGAAAUUUGGAGAAUUCAAAAAAGUUUACUAAAAGAUGACCUUUUCAGUGAAACCAUAUUCACAGGUGUAUCUGAAGAGCUAAAUAGAUUACUCACUCGAAUAUAUGAUCUGGGUCGAACUGUACAUUCUCAAACUAAUCGACAACAUCUUAGUGAAGCAGAGCACGAGUUGGAACUUUCUAAGAGCUUAGGUUUUGUUAGGAAUAAUGAUGGUAUGGCUGAUCAGAGUGCAGUUGUACCAAAAAGAGUGUAUGGUGAAUCACAGGGACCUUCAGGCACACCUGAAUUAAUUGACACACAAAAUUGCAAAAAUGCUGUCAAUAUUGAUGCUCAAGGUCGAUCAGAAUUCCCACUUGAUCAGUUGGAUCCAUCACAGAACACAACUUCAAGAACAGAAUUAGGUGCACUUGGGAUUUCUUCAAAUGAAUGCGCACUUCCAACCGAUUCUAGAAUUGAAGAGAAGCAUGAUGAUAUAUGUCCUGAUCCUGACCAAAACUCACACCAUGAACUUGUGGAGGUCAAUAAUAACACGCUACAUGUUGGUGAAAGCACUUCUUUUGAAGACUUCACUUCUGAUUAUGCAGCUGGAGAUGGGGUGAUCAACAACAACAUUGUACUUGGUGCAACUAGUAAUAACAUUUUGCUUGAAGUGGACAAUUUUUCCAACUCUAGGGCUGCAUCCAUCACUGUGGAAGACAUGGGUGUGGAUAUGAUACCUGUACCUAGCUUAGAUUGCCCUCUGGAUUCUGUCCAAGCUAUUGGAUUAGUUGAUGGUAGGCCAGAUACCAGAGAGUACCAUGACAUGAAGGAAUCUGAAGACGGAAGGUUAACAGAUGGGUGUGAAACUGCUGUGGAUGAGGAAAGGCCUAUUUCUGUGGUCUCUUGCAGAGAAAAGCCUACAUCAGAAAGUGAACGUGUUGUCUCCGCGGUUGGUGAAAAUUCCUGCAUGAACAUAGAAAGUGGUCCGGAUGUGGAAAGUGCUCAUAUGGAACUUGCUGCUACAAGAGAGUCUAGUGACUUCUGUAGUGCCAUUGAUGACAUUGAUACAGAUUUUCUAAAUGCAGAUGAUGAAGUUGAGUAUGAUGAAGAAACAAAUAAUGAUGUGCCGAAUCACGAGCCUCAAUCCUUGGACACUGGAUGGUCUUCACGCACAAGGGGUGUUGCAAGGUAUCUGAAAAAUAUGUUUGAUCAAGAAUCUGGACAUGGGAGAAAGUCUGUUGCAAUUGAUCAUCUUUUAACCGGUAAAACUCGAAAAGAAGCAUCUAGAAUGUUCUUUGAGACUCUGGUGCUGAAAACAAAAGAUUAUAUUCAAGUUGAACAAGAGAAAGCUUUCGACCGUGUCAAUAUUAACCCUAGAAUAAAGCUUUUGAAGUCAGGGUUCUGAUCUCACACAAUAGACAUUAUGACGUAUAGAUAACAACUGUAAUUUAUCGUUUUACAAAGAGUCUCCACCCAAUUUGUUGUUUUUGCAACUUUAUGUCGCAGUAAAUUAUUCAUGGUUUUGGUUGCUGACCUUUCUUAUGGGGUGGAGGUGAGAGAUGGCUCAUGUAUGUGUAAUCACACACUGUAAAUGUGCUGUAAAUUAAAUCCGUCUAAUGUCGGUGAUUGUUUGUAAGAUAGAGUUAUUUAUGUUAAAUUUCGUUUUUCUUUA